AUGUUUUAACUAUUUGCUGCACGUCGGCAAGUGUUACCGUUGUGCACUAUGGUUUUGCGACGAAUUAGUUGAUGUGAAUCUGCUAGUUCUUUACAUGCUGUCUAGACGUGUAAGUUUGCGACGUGAUCGAGGAACUUAAAUUUUCCUUCGCAUUUUAGGCCACGCAAAUCUUUCAGAUUGGCUGGAUGUGAUCGCUAAGAACAAAUGUUCAGCUUAUAUGUUCAAGUUGUUGAGACUGGUGAACAAACUGUCCCUACUCGAGAAUUACUUCGUUCUCACAGGCCGCAAGGAUUUUUCGCCUGAGGAAAGUGCCGAACUGAAGUCAAUAACUCAUUCCAUCUUAAAGCGACUCAACGACAGUGAAUUCACGGCUCUGCAAACGGCGCUGGAAUCGAAAGGCGGCCUUCAGACGAGUUGUAUUUUCUUUCCAACGCACGAAAGACUGGGCAAGCGCGUAGUUGUCGAACCGCAAGUUGUUUUGUACCGAGUAUUUCGAUUGCCGCAAGUUCGAAGCUCCUCGGAACUUAAGCGUAGUCCAUGCUGCUCGACACGAAAUGGCUUCGACAAGAAAGUGUGUAUCAAUCCUUUCCACUACAGCACAGUCGUGAACACUGGACCAUCUAGUGGGAUUUAUACAGCCCUACCCAAGGCCAUGGAGGUUAAAAACGACGAAUCUUCUGGAUUUUUCAGUAACCAUACUCAGUCGACAACUUGCCCCAUGGAUAGCCAAACCUCCUACACAGAGUCUGCUCCGCGGAAUAUAGGGGCAGAUUACUGCUAUGCGACGGAGAAAGGUUGGCCAAGGCCGUGGUGUUCAAUCGCUUAUUGGGAGCAAAGUGAAAGAAUUGGACCAUCUUUUGAAGGAACUGCUGAUGUUAUCAACGUAUUUGAAAGUCUACCCGAGCCCAGUGGGUUCUGUUUAGCUGCACUCGAUCGGCGAAGUGAUGUUCCCGAGCGAACUAAAAGAGUGAGAGAACAGAUCGGUUAUGGCCUGCAGUUGACACGCGAAGUUGAUGGAGUUUGGAUUUAUAAUCGAAGCGACUGUUCCCUAUUUGCAAAUGGCCCAACACUUACUUAUUCGAACGAAAGCAUCGCUGGCGGAAAAGUUAGACAUAAUAUUCUGGUGCAUAAAAUUCCACCCGGAUAUUCGCUCAAAGUGUACGAUUAUAAAUUAAGCCCACAGGUAUGCCGGGCAGUGGACAGCGCUGGAGUGAGAUGUUAUCACCCUGAGACAGUGCGAAUAAGUUUUAAGAAAGGCUGGGGAGUGACAUCAACUUGUGAAUACCGUCAACCGCUUGUAACAUGUUGUCCUUGUUGGAUCGAGGUACAUCUGUCGGUUGCGCGGUAACACGCGUGUACGAGCGAGACCAAGAUAAGAUCCAUGUAAAUGUUGAUUUGUUUAUGUGGCGGCUUCCUUUCGAUCGGAUCGUCUAACAUUUCACAGAGUUAUAGAAACAUAAGUAUGAUACCUUCAUAGAGUAUAUUAUGUAUAUUGUAUAUAGAAUAUUGACUGGCCGAAAAUAUAAUUUAAGGACCUAGUCCGUGAACGAACUAAAUUUGGACAGCGAAGAAGUAGACACGUCUCCAUAGGAGAGAAACAGAUCCUUUAAUUGUACAGCGUACUGUUGUUUAAUGUUGUUACGCGAGUGAAAAAAAAACACACCAAAAAUGAAUAUAUUAUAUUUUCAAUCACGGCUCGUGUUGUGAUUAAGUUUCCUUGAAUAACGAAAGUAUUUCGGCAUCUCCAGUGUAGGUGUUGAGUGCAUUUUGCGCCCAGAAAUUGCUCUGAUGUCAUUCAACCCUAAUCCGUCGCAUGCGGUUGACCAGACAUCCGAGUAGACCUUCCGUUUCAUUUGUCAAAGAAUAGCCUUGUUUCUGUUUUACUCUGUAAUUUUUGGCUACGAAUGCAACAUGCUGUUCUUAAAACUUGUUUAUGGGUGAAAUGAAGCGUUCAAAAUCUUUCAGACAGGUAGCUUAUCAUAAAGGUUAAUGUUUAGUACUAUCUUUUGACACAACUAAGCUAUAUAUUCAUAGUUGUCAGGCCGAAACCACUUUGUAUACAUUACGGCUGAUAAUUCAUUCGAUGUUGACUGAGUAAAACCCAUUUAUGGCGAAAGACUUGAAACAGGCACGCGCGCGACCAAUGUGAUGCCUCGUCGCCUUGGGGCAAUGAACAAAUCUAAUAUUUUCUGCACCAUCUGAGUAAUAUUCGCGCUUCAUAAACCUCGCUAAUCUUUUGGUGUGAUAUUGAGCUCACUUUUGACUAGUGGAGUACAAAAGAGUGAGCACGUGUUUUGCGCACCCUUCUUCAGAACAUGCGCCGCUUUUAUGACCUAUGUGAUCCAAAGUUGGCACACAGAUUGAAAUUUCGAAAGAUCACUCAUCGGGCAACGGAAUUGUAACGGCAAUGAGCGCGUAAUAUGCAAAUGUAAAAUUGUUUUGCUUAUUGAUUUGUCUACAAGCCCGAUUGUAUGCAUGAAAAUACGGAUAUAACGCCGAUGUUUGCACGCACUUUCUAUUGACACUUAAAACAAUUCUUCAGUUUUUGUGAUCAGUAGUUAGGUAAGGACGAGAUUGCAUGCAAAUGACGUUUUCAAGGUGGCUUUCUCGAGACAUGGGCGGUGUUGUGGGAGAAUAAUUUUCAGACAUCACAAAAUUAGAUCCAUGAUGUAGAUAUUAAAAGAGAAAGGAAGA